GCAUUCGCCUGUACAUAAUCUGCACCUGCCCCCAGGGCGACCGAUAAUCCCGCAUCAAGCGUGCGUGCAUCUAAAGUUACUAUCGUGCUGAUCCCUCGACACCGCUGCCUCUCUUAUUAGCCUGCUCGUAUCCCCGAGCCGCCUCACUCCACUCUGCUUCGCCGACUGCACCACAGUACACAAACCCACGCCUGCCUGCCAUCCGUACCUAUCCGUCUCCUCGCACUGCACACCUCGCCCUCGACCCUCUCCUCCGCCCUGUCGCGCGCCAUCCGCCCUCGAGGGCGCUGCAUCUACACCCGCGAACCGUUGCGACUCCACUCCACCCCGGCCCGCGCUUCGCUACUGUGCGUGCUACUGCCCGCUCCCGCCGCGCCUGUGCUGUCCGCCAUCAUGGGCGACACCGAAAAGUCCUUCACCUUCCUGCACGACAACAUUCCCCACUGGCUCGACGAUGUGGCCGGCAUCGAGGAGAAAAUCGUUGCCAUGCAGAGCGAGCUUUCCAAGAUCCCCGUCUCGCGCUCCCUGCCCUUCAAGAAGAGAUCCGGCUCCGUCGAGUCAAUACGGGACCUCAAUGCCAUCCGAGAAGAGCCAGACGCCUCGGCCACCGGAGCCCACAAGAGUGAACCAGCUGCACGGAAGCGGAAGGAGCCGUCCCUGCUUUCGGGACAGCAAUCCGGCCCCUCCAAGUUGCGCUCGCGGACCAUGAUCGUUGUCAACUACGACGGCCACAUACAGACUUCCUUUGAGCAACUCGUGCGUGCCAUCGGUACCGGGCGAAACAUGCUCCGCAAAGGAAAAAUGGCUGCCAAGAUGGAUGCAAUGGCCGCCAUGGCCGGUUCUUCGUCGGACGACGACGACGACGACGAAAGCAACGCAGUCAUGGCAAAGAUCGGCUACCGGCAUCGCGGCCUGUCCUCCAUGCGGGCACGCGGCAUGAUGCGCGUGACCCAAAAUUCCUCAAACACGCCCGUCGAGCGCUUCGAUACCGCUGACAAGGCUUUGGAGGAAGCGCAGGCCCUAUGUGAAAGAGCUGCUCAUCAAUCACUACGCGAGGGCGACUGUCGAAAAGAGCUCGGUGGCGUUCGUAGGUACUUCAAUGAGGUUGUAGAGCUCGCCAAAACAGAAGUCGCGCAGUGCACUGCGCAGAAGCUGGUCGCAGACGAGAAGGAACAGCAGCAAGUCUUGCGCCCAGGUCCAAAGCCCGAAAGGCAGUCAUCAAUGCCGCUGCCCGAUGUCGAGAAGGAAUUGAUGCCUACCAUCAUCCCGCCUGCUAUCAGCACCAACAACACCUCCAAGGUUAUCGACAUUGAGAUUGACGAUGAGGAGGACUCAGACGACGGCAGCUUUGUCAUGCCCCCCGUACGAUUGACCUCUCGCGUCUAGUCAUCUUACUUCGACAUGCACCAUUUCAUCAUUUUCGUUGUCUGCGUUCAAGCGAUUAUUCACUCGCCUGCAAGAAGGCUGGCGUUACGGAAGGAGCAUUGGGACGGGAACAACCACGAAAUUUACGCGAGACGACACCAACUUUGCAUCUUGGACACAACAUUUGGCGCAGUACCUUUGCCUGUGGCAUGUCCGAAAAAUCUUCACACUUCUCAUACUUUCUUGCGACCUAUCGUUAGAUUACGUAUUGGAUCAGCGUCAUGGCCCAGCCUUGACGUGCUCGCGCUUCCUCUGGCAUCUUGAUUCAUCAUAUUGCCAUGUGAUAGUCAAGUUACUAUGGAAGUGACAUCGUUAUAUCACCGUCGUGCGUUUUGUGGAAACAUCUAAAAGAAUUGUAAUUACUUCUGUUCGUCAAAAUAUCUUUGUCUUAGCCUGCUGCUGCUAAUGCGCAUGAAUUGACAACUCAUA